UAUAAACUGAAAACCUGACGAGCACUCUAACAUCUGAUUUACUCUUUGUUGUUUAUUGUGGAUAAAGAACGGCCAAGUUAAGGGAGCCCAGAACGGCGACUACACAAGGAUGACCGCCCGCAAUCCCCAGACCCUGAUGGCGCUACCCAACGAGGAGCAAUUUGACUUUCUCUUCAAGAUCGUUCUGAUUGGAGACUGUGGGACGGGGAAGACCUGCAUCGUGGACAGAUUCAAGACGGGCAACUACAUAGAGCGUCACGGGAAUACCAUUGGCGUGGACUUCUCCAUGAAGACCAUUGCCGUGGAGGCCAAACAAAUCAAGCUACAAAUCUGGGACACUGCUGGCCAGGAGAGAUUUCGCACCAUUACGCAGAGCUACUAUCGGUCGGCCAACGGGGUCUUAAUUGUUUAUGACAUCACAAAGCGGUCUUCCUUCUCCAACCUCCAAAAAUGGAUUGAGGAGGUGCGCAGGUACACGGCCUCCAAUGUGCUGAUCAUUCUGAUAGGCAACAAAUGCGAUUUGGAGGAGCAGCGUGAGGUGGACUUUGAGGAGGCGCGCCAAAUGUGUCAAUAUAUACCUGAGAUCCUGUUCGUGAUGGAGACCUCUGCCAAGGAGAACAUGAAUGUGGAGGAUGCUUUUCGGUGCUUGGCCACGGAGCUUAAGCGCCAACAUGAUGCCAAUAGUGUCGAGGAGGUGCCGGAGGACACCAUCACAUUGGGCCAGGGCAAGCCCCUGAAGAGCUGCAGCAGCUCCUGCAAUCUCACCUAGACCACCUCUUCCUUGGUGCCCCCCUAUUUUGCUUUUAUUUUCGUUGUGAUCAAAUCGUUCUUGUGGCUAUAUAUAUUUUAAUAUGCUAAAGUUUUUACCUAAUCCUAGACCGUUCAAGGCGUAACAGGCCUUUAAUUUAUACACUAACUUUUACACAACCAUAUGUAUUUAUUUUAGGCGAUAGAAGAGUACAAAACAAUCUCACACAUCAGCGAAUCAUCGAGCCAACAGUGUCAAUUACCACAGGCAAUGCUCAGAGAGGAGAAAGAAUACGUCCAACUGCUGUAUUUGUAUUUUCAAAUUGAUGAUACGCGAAAUAAACACGUUUAUUUUGUAAUUUUA